AUGAAUUUCUAUAAGACUCUGAAAUCUGAACUGGAGGAAAGAAAGAAUAAAGGAGAAACCAAUUUGAAGAUUAAAUAUGUUGGCGGCUUUCCGAAGAUAGUGAAUUUUUAGAUUCUACACCCAAUUAUGUUAGUGAAAUAAACUGCUAUUACCAAAACGU